AUGGAUUUUCUUAUUUCUUACACCAUUGCAGAGGACCUCAUCUUACCUGCAGCCAUGGACAUGGUCAGAGAGGUGUUGGAUCAAUCCGCAGCAGAUAAACUAAAAACUAUACCUCUGUUAAAUGACACUAUUAGUAGGCGAAUUGAAGAAAUGUCGGAUAACAUUAAACAACAGACCAUAGCUCGCAUUAAGGCAAGUGGUCAUUUUGCCUUAAAAAUGGACGAAUUCACAGACAUAACAAACAAAGCAGUUUUACUCGUUUACGUGAGACAUGUGUGGGACAGGGACUUACAGGAACUAUUUCUCUGCACAAGAGAGCUCACUACUAGUACGACUGCAGAGGACAUUUUCAGCUCUAUGGACUUAUAUUUGAGUUCAGUAGGCCUACGCUGGGACAUGUGCAUCUGUAUCACAACUGAUGGUGCUGCCUCCAUGACAGGAAAAAACUUGGGGAUCGUGAGGAGAAUACUUGAGAAAGCUCUGAAUGCAACUUGGAACCAUUGUUUUUUACAUCGGGAGAACCCUGGCAGCAAAGGCUAUGGUACCAGUGCUUCAUGGAACAUUAAAAAUGUCAUCCAAGCAGUAAACUACAUUAAACGGAGUGCAAAGAACACCCGGUGUUUUCAGAAACUGUGCCAAGAUCUUGGUAGUGAGCUCGUACAGGUGUUGUAUCAUGCCGAGGUAUGCUGGCUUUCGAGGGAAAAGGUACUGUCCCAUUUUUAUGAACUACGAGCUGAAAUCGCUGCUUUUCUUGCCCAGAACAAUUCACCCCUUGCAGACCUGUUUAGCAACAGUGUGUGGCUUGCACAAGUUGCUUACCUCGCUGAUGUGUUUGAACAAUUAAACACAUUAAAUGUGUCUGUACAGGGGAGGGGGCACAACAUUUUUGAACAGUAUGACAAAUUCAAUGUUUUCAAAAAAAAGAUCUCCUUGUGGGCAAGUCAUGUAUCUAAAAACCAACUCGACAUGUACCCUAAUGGCUGCCAUGAGGGACAGCAACUGGACGCGGCAGGAAAACAUGUAAUGAAGAAAAUGAUUACAACACAUCUGAAUAAACUUCUUGAGCGGUUUAAUGACUACUUUCCCAAGAAACAGAGGGAUGAUGACUGGAUACGCGACCCAUUUGAAAUCAACAUGGAAAGCGCCAUGUUGCCAAGCAACGAAGAGAGUCAGCUGGUGGAGCCAUCAUGUGACUGCACGUUAAAAAAGAAAUUCAUGGAGGUAAGCCUCUUCCAGUUCUGGUGCAGCACUCUGAUGGGUGAGUAUCCUUGUCUUGCCACUCGAGCAGUAAAAAUCCUGCUACCAUUCAGCACUACCAAUCUCUUUGAGUGUGGAUUCUCAGCUCUGGUUCAGCUGAAGACAAAACACAGAAACAGACUGGACAUUGAGUAUGACCUCGCAGUUGCUUUGUCUACUGUAACUCCAGAAUUUGAGACUCUUGUCAGGAGCAAAAAACAUGCCCAGUUCUCCCAUUAA